AGUACUUCCGCUCUGACGUAGUUAGCUCGUGUGCUAAAUGGCGGUUGCGAACAGGCUGGAGAGUUAACGUUACAACGGUUCUAACUGUAACUGUCUAAUUAACACCAAACAUCUGCUCGACUGUGUCAGAAAUACAGUCUUAAAAAUGUCUAUUUCAACUUUUCAGGUCGGUUCACGAUCCGGGCUGACCGACAACUUACUGCGGAGGGUUCAAAAACGAAGCAAGGGGUGAACUAAUGGAGAACGGAGAUGGAGAGGGAGAAAAAGAAAAGGAGUCUGAAGUGUCUGAGCUCCGGCUGAGAGCUGAGUCUUUGCAGAAGGAGCUCAGUGAGUGCAGAGCCGAGCUGUCCAAGUUACAGAAACAACUGACCCAGUCCGAGAGACUACAGAGGACCACAGAGAGCUACAACGAGGACCUGAGGAGACAGGUUGACCGGUUGAGUGCAGAGAUUCAUGAACGUAAAAAGAAAGAUAAAGACAAAGUCAGCAGUGAAACUCAGACAGAGGAACAUGUCUGGACAGAAACUGAUUAUUACAACUACUACUAUGGAGGCUAUGCUCAGAACCCAGAGGCCACAGACACCCAGGCUUCAUACACUUCUGAGGUCUUGGACACUGUGGAAGCUGUGGACACUGUGGAAGCUGUGGGUGCAGCUGAUGGCAGCGAGGCAGCCGAGGUGUCUGCAACAAAUGAAGCAGUUGCUGCUGCUGUGUCAGAGAAACAAGACAGCAGUGUAACAGUCCCCACAGAGGAGGGUGAUGCAGGAUCCAUAGCUGAUAUGUUGAGAGCCACUGCAGAAGAAGCUAUGACACAGACUGGGUUUGUCUUUGACGAAACUACUGGGAUGUACUACGACCACAGCACGGGUUUCUACUAUGACUCGGCCAGUCAGUUGUACUAUGAUGCCAACACAGGCAUUUAUUACUACUACGAUGCAGAAAGUGGUCGGUACCAGUUUCAUUCCCGGAUCGAGGUUCCUGCUGCACAAACCACUGCAGAGCCAUGUCAAGACAACAGUGGUGUUGAAAAGCGGGACAGAAAGUCUAAGAAAUGGUCAAAGAAGACCUCACAACAGGAUGAUAAGGGAGGCACAUUUGAUGAGGUCAAGAUGAAAGAAGAAGAAAUCGAGUGGGUUGAAAAACGAACAUCUAAAAGGAAAACGGAACCUGAAAAACUGAAGCAAAGGUCCCGCAGUCCAGAUGUGUCACCACGGAGAAGAGACUCUUCAAAAAACCAGGAAGAGAGAGAGAAAUCCUCCUCAAAGAGGAAGAAACAUAAGAACGGUUCUCAUCAUGAUGAGAAGGAUAGAUCAAGGAAGAAAAAAAAGGCAUCCAAGUCAAAAAAGCAGAAGAAGAAGAAGAAGAAGAGCCCAGCUCAAAGCGAUGACUCAAGGGGGAACAGCGAACCGGAAGAGGGCGAGAUCACAGAAUCGGAGAAGGAGGAGUCUGCUCACUCAUCGUCAUCAUCUCCUAGCUCCCAUGCACAGGGAAGCCCUGAGUCCGAAAUGGAGACUCAGAUUCCGGAAGCAGUUAAUGACAUUUGGCCGCCCUGUGUGAGAGUGACGGUGGUCAGAUCACCAGUGCUGCAGGUGGGCACUCUGUUCAUCAUCACAGCCGACUCCCCAGCCACCAUCGGCAGAGAGAAAGAAAUGGACCAUGCAAUACGAAUACCAGAGAUGGGAGUCAGCAAGUUCCAUGCAGAGGUGUACUUUGACCAGGAGCUGCAGGGAUACAUGCUCGUGGACCAGGGGAGCCAGAAUGGAACUGUCAUCAAUGGCAACCGGAUCUUACAGCCUAAAACCAAGUGUGAGCCACAUGCUCUGAUGCAUGGUGACGAGGUUAAGAUGGGAGAGACCGUACUGUCCUUUCACAUACACACAGGGACUGAUACUUGUGACGGCUGUGAGCCUGGUCAGGUUAUGGCCCACCUCAGCAAGCACAGGAGAGAGGAGACGACUACGGGCCCUACACUCACCAAAGAGGACAAAGAAGCACUGAGACAAAAGGAGCUGAAGCAGAUGAAGGCUAAAUACGGCCUGCAGAGCAAUGAAUUUGAGGGGACCAAAGCACUAAAAAACCCUAAAUACAAAGAUCGUGCAGAGUCCAGGAGACAGACGGUGGGCAGUGAGGGUGUUUUCCAGAGAGAUGACGCUCCAGCUUCUGUUCAUCAAGAAAUCUCUGAAGUCAACAAAGGACGGAAGAUGCUGGAAAAGAUGGGCUGGAAGAAAGGGGAGGGGCUGGGAAAAGAGGGGACUGGAAUGAAAGCUCCGAUUCAACUGAAGAUCCGAAAGUCUCAGUCAGGUCUGGGAGCCGCUGCAGCUUUGUCUCUGGACAGCAUCUCUGUGACCAAAUCAAAGUCUCAAAAGAACUGGGAGAAAGCUCGAGAGAGAUUUGCUGAUUCCUGCCAGCCUGACAUGCUGCCACCUAAAACACAGAAGAACAACUCAGCCACCGCCUGGGUCAAAUCAGAGGAGACUGAGAUGACGGACACACAACCUGGUUUUAAUACAUAAAGACAGAGUUAUACAUAAAUGGUGUACAUAUUUGUAUUGGAUUUAUAAGCUGGGAGGUUCAAUAUAAGCAAAGGGAGUUUCCUCUCUCUGCUAAUUGCUGCAAGCAUUUGAGACUGUUUAUAUUUGUUCAGCCUUCAACAUGAAGAGAAUUGAUUGUGACCACAUUUAAGUCAAAGUCAAUUUACAAACUGCAUUAGUUGAAGUCACCAGCUGUGGGUGUAGACCAUGCUCUGUGAACUGUGGGAAACGUGUACAGCCUUAAAAGAAGACCAGCUGAGUGUUUGACGGUCCAGUGUGUCUGUAGUGUAACCUAGAGGGCAGAGCUGUCUCUGUGUCUCACUACAAGGAGGACAUGAUUCGCCUCAAGCAAACAUUGACACAGUGAAGCUCUAUUUCUCACAAUGAGAUCAUGCUUCUAUGACACCACUUUGGAUUUGUUUUGGCAACCUGUAAGUAAUCAUGUCAAACCAGUUGCAACUUCUUUAUGUAACACUUUCCCAGUGAACUCUUUCUUUUUUUUUUUUUUUUUUACAUGUUGCAAAAUUAAAUUUGAAAGUGCUCAACCUU